UCGGCUCGGUGCGGGGCUAAAGUUUGGGCUGAUCCGGAGAGAAAGGAUUGAGCGGCGGAUCCCGGGCGCUGGGCCCCGCCGCCGAGCACAGCCCCGACACCGACACCACCGACACGGACACCGCCGCCGCAAGGUUGGCGCAAAGCUGAAUGAAACGCACCGUCUGCUACAAUAGAAAUCAAAUGUCACCAUCUCUGGAAUCGUACACUGCAGAAGGAGGCCAUUUGACCCAACCUCCCUGGGCUGGCUCUUAGCACUUUUUGUGAUUAGCUCUGGAAGUUCUUCCUUCUCAAUAAUCUUUUCCUGAUGGCCCAAUGUAGUAUUCUUGUUCUGCUACUUCUGGCCCCAAAGGCCUUUCGAUGUGGAGCUGAAGAUAAAGACAAUCCAAGUCGGUUUCAAUGUGUCUGUGAGGGGAAUUCGUGUGGAAGGCCUGUAUGCUAUGGCCAAGCAUGUUUUGCUUCAGUUAUACAAAAUGGAGAGGUUCCUGUAUACAGGAAAGGUUGCUUCAAUGGUGAAGAUCAAAGUGGAAUGAUGUGCAAGACCUCGCCCUCUGAAAAUCAAGUGGUGCAUUGUUGCAAUGGGGACCUGUGCAAUAGGAAUAUUACUGCAAUGCCACUUCUUUCUCAGGCACCAAAAGGAGAGCCAAUCGAGUACAGUGUGGAGAUGUUAAUAAUUGUUGUUGUUAGUACGGUCAUAGUGCUGAUAGUGUUGUCACUCGUUGCUGUCCUGAUUUGUCGCAAAAUUCACCAGAAUAGGAUGCAAAGGUUACAUGCUCGUGAUGCCGAAAAUGGAGCAAUUGAUGGCCUUAUAGCUUCCAAUGUGGGAGAUAGUACACUUGCGGAUUUGCUUGACCACUCUUGUACGUCAGGUAGUGGAUCGGGGUUACCAUUUCUGGUACAACGCACAGUUGCCAGACAGAUUACCUUGAUGGAAUGUGUAGGAAAGGGGCGCUAUGGAGAAGUUUGGAGAGGCCAGUGGCAAGGUGAAAGUGUUGCUGUAAAAAUCUUCUCAUCUCGAGAUGAGAAAUCCUGGUUUCGAGAGACUGAAAUUUAUAAUACGGUUCUUCUUCGCCAUGAGAACAUAUUAGGUUUCAUUGCUUCAGACAUGACCUCAAGGAAUUCUAGCACUCAACUGUGGCUUAUCACUCAUUAUCAUGAAAAUGGUUCACUCUACGACUAUUUACAACGUAACACAGUGGAUACUGUAGUCUGUCUGAAUUUUGCCUUAUCUAUAGCCAACGGUCUGGUACACCUUCACAAUGAAAUUUUUGGAACUGAGGGAAAGCCUGCAAUUGCUCACAGAGAUUUGAAAAGCAAAAAUAUCUUAGUAAAAAAGAACUUGCAUUGUUGCAUUGCUGAUCUUGGGUUAGCGGUGAUGCAUUCACAGACUAACAAUCAAUUAGACGUCGGAAAUAAUCCUAAAGUGGGCACGAAACGUUAUAUGGCACCAGAAGUACUUGAGGAAUCAAUUCAGGUUGACUGCUUUGAUGCCUACAAACGCGUGGACAUCUGGGCAUUUGGACUGGUCUUGUGGGAAGUGACCAGAAGAACAUUCAGUAAUGGGAUUGCAGAGGAAUACAAGCCCCCAUUUUAUGAUCUGGUACCGAAUGACCCUAGCUUUGAAGAUAUGCGGAAAAUUGUGUGUGUGGAACAGCAAAGACCAAAUAUUCCUAACAGAUGGUUCUCUGACCCUACCUUGUCUGCUCUAGCCAAGCUGAUGAAAGAAUGUUGGUACCAAAAUCCUUCGGCGCGGCUCACUGCAUUACGUAUCAAAAAGACUUUAGGGAAAAUAAGCAAUUCGUUAGAGAAAGUGAAAAUGGACUGCUGAUAGGAGGUUGAGAAUCGAUAUUUAUCAUUGUCACCAAAUGUACGAGAUCUAGCUAGGAUGAAAAGCGGAUCUCAAACUGUCCGUUAUUCUGUUUUUACAGUUAAAUAUAUGGCAGUAUCGGUGUCAGCAAAGGCACCAUGGUUUUAUGGCAGAUGAAUCAUUGUCUUUAACCAGACCAAUCACUCAACCAUGGCUGUUCCUCUUGAUGCAAAUAAAAGUCAGAGAGUGGUCGCAUAUUCACUGGCCGCACUCUAACUUGAAUUCUAUUUGUAAGGGGAUUUUAUUUGCACUAAUUUUUUUUGCAUUGCUGUACAAUUAUCAAGUAGGCUGCAAUAGCCCUGACCUGUGUAUUUAUAUUCAGUCUGUAAAAUAGCAUGCAGGUUUUCAUUAUGAAUAGGCAAGACAUGAUGGCUUUGUUACAGGAAUACAUGAACCAUUUAAUGGUUAUUGGAUUAUAAUGUAAAACUACAGUGGUCCUUAUGUUUUAAUGUGACAGGAAGACAUAUACACCAGCGAAUUGUGGUGGUGCCUUGACACUAGAGAUAGUUCUUUAAGGUUAAGUUACACAGAUGAGCUACAGAAUACUUUCCACAGUGGAAUGUGUUAUCAUUUUAAAACUAAUGUUUAUGCAGAUUGUAUGGUUUGCCUUUGGUGCUGUAUCCAAAAUGUAAGAUUAUUUUUUAUAUUUUCAUCAUAGGAAGUAACAUUGUCUUUUGAAUUACAGUUUAGAAUUUGUUCUAUUUCUUUCUUUUAUCUAGUAACAUACAGAGACUUGAUAGGCCUCUGAUUUUCUCAUUAACUACAAUUGAGAAGAUUAUGAUUCAUCUUUAUGUUAAGUGCUCAAAUUAUUUAACUUAAUCAUGGUCAAAACACUCCUGUAACUAGUCUUCCUGGAAUAAAAAUGACCAUGUCAAGUAAAGGAAAUUAUUAAUUUCCUUCUGGUGCAAAGUGGCAAACACUAAUAAGGAUAUUGUACAGGAAAGGUCUAAAAUCUUCAAACAUUGCUUCCUUAUAUAGUGUUGGAAGAUCAGGAAAAUGGCCACAGUUACUUCAAGGAAAAAUACAGUAAUAGAACACUAAUAUGGUUUUUAAUGUAAAUGUAUGCAGCCUGCUGUGUUGCCUUUUUGUUAUUGUGUAUCUUAAUUUGUGCAAUGAGUCUCACAAAGCACUCAACGUAUAUGUAGUUUGAAAGAAAGGGCUUACUGGGUUAUUUUAUGUUAAAGCAUUUGCAUUAGGAUAUAGGUUCAUUUCAUUUGGGACAUUUGAGGUGCUUUACCAUUUGGUGAAUUGUGCAACAAAUAUCAUUAUUGCACUGUAAUAUUACCACUAAAGUGUGUUUGUUUUCAAAAAGCAAUAAUUGCAUUUUAAAACCGAAUAUUCCUGCAAUUCUGCGCACAAAGCAUCAUCCAUAGCUGCAGCCUAAAUUAAUGUCUCACACUAUGCUUUGUAAUCUGGUUGCCUACAGUUUCCAUUUAAAAAGUAACUUCUAAACAAAACAAUUAUGAGCAAUAUUUACUACUAUGUCACAUUUAUUUAGUGCUGCAUUAUAAGAUGCAACAACUACAGUUCAAGUUUCAGUGUUCACGCAUAGAAACAUUAUUUAAGCCUUAAUUCUUAGGACUGGUGCAAUUUUUUGCUAUUUUAAAAAUACACCAAUCUCAAAAGUUUUUUCAUUUAACUCGGAAAUCAUUAAUAAAAAUGUCCUGUGUGUUAUACAUUGAUGUCUUUGCUUACAUUAUUCAGCAUUCAUUUAUCAACAGGAUGCUGGAAGAGCACAUUUUGGAAUAAUAAAUGUAUAAAGGGUAACAUCAUUAAAAGCCAUUCUGCAAUA